AUGGAAUCACAGAAGAAUAAAUUUGGAAAUACUUCGUCUUCUACCAGCAAAAAAACAAAACGACGAAUAAAACGUCGUGCAUCAUUUGAAGAUCAAGAAUGGCGUAAAAUUUCGUCGGUCACGCUGCCUUUAGCAAAUUCUAAACCUGAAAAACCCAUAAAAAACGCUGCGACCUUAGUACUGAAAAAUGAUAAAAAACGUAAGCGUACUGAAGUUGAAACUGAGAUAGUAAAAAACGUUAGUCAUGUGAAAAAGAAAAAACGAAAGCAAACUUCUCAGGAAAGCAAGAAAGGAAAAAAUGCCGUAUUAAUGAAAGAUAAUGAUGUUGAAAUUGAUGAAGUGAAUGUUGACAAUGACCCUGGCGACAUGAAUAAGUGGAAUUGGAAAGAGGCAAAAUAUCCAGAUGAAAUAGUUCUUGGAGAUGAAGAUUUAGAAGGGAUUUUGUGUUUGGAGGAGUGUGAUGAUGUUGAUGUUGUAUAUGAAGGAAAUAAAAAGUCUGGAAGAGUUGUAAAGUUUAAAAAAAUAAAAAAGGAAACAGCAACUAAUAAAAACGAAUCAAAAUCUCGUGCGGCAAAUCCUGAAGAACCAUUAUCAAUUGAUGAGACCCGAAAUUAUUAUGAUUUGGAUACAUUUGAUGAGGGAUCAAUUUCUUUUUUUAAUAAUGAAGAAGAUGAUGACACUUCUAAUAAUAAUGAGAAAAGUGACGAUGAGAUUAUGGGUAUCGAUGAUAGUCAUGAAAAUAGUGAUAGUCAGAAUAGUGUAGGUCAUGUUGAGGAAAACAAGAAUAAGUCCAAGGAGAAAAAAAAAGCUUCGAAAUCCUUUAUAAUAAAUGAUGACAAUGAUGAAGUAGACAAUUUAACGAAAAAUAAUGUUCUUCCUGUCGUCAGUCAAAAUAGAAAGGAUGCUCUUAUAAAAGAUGUUAAUCUCGAUUUUAACGCAUCAGCAUGGAUUGCUUUUGGACUCUGCUCAAACAUCAUACUCGCCUUAAAAUCACUUCAAUUCUCCGAGCCUACGCCUAUUCAAAAGAAAACUUUGCCCCAUGGAUUAUCUGGACGUGAUAUAAUUGGCGCGGCGGAAACUGGAUCGGGGAAAACACUUGCAUUUGGACUUCCUAUUCUACAGUAUUUAAUGAAUGAGGGAAAUAAACCUAUUGGAGAAAAGUUGAGAGAUGUUAAUGAUCCACGCACAAACGAACUUGUGGCGUUAAUUGUUACGCCGACUAGAGAAUUGGCGAUACAAGUCAAAGAUCAUAUAUUGAGCAUUGGAAAGUUUGGUGACGUCAAGGUCAUAACUCUUGUCGGCGGUAUGGCAGUACAAAAGCAGCGACGACUAAUGGAUAAACAUCCGAAUAUAAUUGUUGCUACUCCUGGUCGAUUAUGGGAAGUGGUCUCAGAGAACGUUGAAUAUCUCGAAAAAAUUCGUCGCAUAAAAUUCUUUGUACUUGAUGAGGCGGAUCGUAUGCUCGAGUCUGGCCAUUUCCAAGAAUUGAAUCAAAUAGUUAACUGUUUAUCAAAAAGUCAACAAAAGACCAAUGAUUGGUCAGAUAAUGAAAGCAAAGAACCCACUGGAAUCAACAAAAAAACAAAUAAGAAAGAAAAAAAUCCUUCAAAAAGACAAACAUUUAUAUUCUCUGCCACACUCGACAAGAAUCUAAAAGAGAACUUGAAGAAGAAAAAGAAACAUUUCAAAAACACUUUAAAGAAAUUCGAGGUUAAUAAAACGCGUGCCACGAUGAAGGAAUUAAUGGAACGGCUCGAGUUUACCGAUCCUGACCCGAUCUUUAUUGAUAUCACACCAGAACACGUGGUAUCUAGUACAUUACAAGAAUCAAAGAUUGAUUGCUUAACCACAGAAAAGGAUGUUUACAUAUACUACUUUAUAACACGAUACCCGGGCAGAACACUGAUAUUUGUCAAUAGUAUCAACACGAUUCGAGGAUUAAUUCCCAUUAUGAGAUUAUUGGGAAUCGAAGUACUGGGAUUGCAUGCUCAGAUGCAACAAAGACAACGAUUGAAAAAUUUAGAUAGAUUCAAACAAAACCCGAAAGCUGUCAUGAUCGCUAGUGAUGUCGCUGCUCGUGGUCUCGAUAUCCCAUUGGUGGAUCAUGUUGUUCAUUAUCAGCUGCCGCGUUCUGGUGACAUAUAUGUACAUCGAAGUGGUCGAACGGCAAGAGUUCGACGAGAAGGAAUAAGUUUGAUGUUGUGUAGUCCUGAAGAAAUUGUAUUAUAUCGUAAAAUUUGUCAAAAGCUUAAAAAAGAUGAAGGUCUGUCCAAUUUUCCGGUCGACCAAAGUAUCGUGAAAGCCAUAAAACAGAGAAUAACUUUGGCGCGCAAAAUUGAUCAGGAUGAACACAAGUUACAAAAGAAUAAUUAUGAUGAUGAUUGGUUAAAAAAAGUCGCGCAAGAUCUGGAUGUCGAUGUGGACGAAGAUCUGUAA